CAAGCGGUUCCUUAGAGGUUAUAAAUUUGUCUCGUAAUUUUACAAAACUGUGGAAACUAUUGUGUACAGAAAUGUUCGCUAAUAAAGUUGUAAUCAUCACGGGAGCAAGUUCAGGAAUAGGCGCUGAAACUGCAUAUGAAUUCGCCAAAUUGAAUGCGAAAUUGGUUUUAACUGGGAGAAAAAAGGAAAAUCUUGAUAAUGUUGCAUCCGAUUGUGAAAGUCAAUCUCCCAGUAAAAUAAAACCGUUGGUAGUCGUGGCUGAUAUGAAUAAUGAGAGCGAUGUCGAGAAUAUAAUAAAAAAAACUGUUGAUAACUAUCACCAAUUGGAUGUGCUUGUAAAUAAUGCUGGUGUUUUGGAAUCUGGUACCAUAGAAACAACAUCUUUGGCUCAAUACGAUAGAAUAAUGAACACUAAUGUUCGCGGACCUUAUUAUUUGACGAUGUUGGCAAUUCCGCAUUUGAUUAAAACUAAAGGAAACAUUGUCAACGUUUCCAGUGUUACUGGUUUGAGAUCUUUCCCUAAUGUCCUAGCGUAUUGCAUUUCUAAAUCGGCAAUAGAUCAGUUUACAAGAUGUGUGGCUUUAGAAGUAGCAUUGAAAGGAGUUCGCGUGAAUGCCGUCAACCCUGGGGUAAUUACUACUGGUUUACAUAAAAAAGGCGAAGGAAGUAUGAACGAAGAACAAUAUGAAGCUUUUUUGGCAAAAUGCGCAGAAACCCACGCUCUCGGCAGACCUGGGGAUGCCAAAGAAGUAUCUUCAGUCAUCGUUUUCUUAGCUAGUGAUGCUGCAAGCAACAUUACUGGUGCCACUUUGCCUGUAGAUGGAGGUCGUCAUGCCAUGUGUCCUAGAUAAAAAGGAAAUACAAUGGAAAUAAACUUUAAAUGAAUGUAAACAUUCCUUUAUGAUAUCUAAAUGUAAUGGAGAAUAAACUCUUAAAGCAUA